CCUAAACAAAGAGAAAGACUUGAAGAAGUUCAAAUUAAAUUUCAUGAAAUUCACGAUUCUGAAAAUGAAGAAAGUUGUUGGCCGUCAGCUUUUAAUAAUAAUGUUAGAGUAGAAAUUGAUAUUAGAGAAGAAAUUGAUGAUAAUAAUAAUGAUAACUAA